AUGACUGCUUCCAUGUCAUUUCGCAGACUUUCCACCAGCCGGCCUCCUCAGUAUCGUACCCCCUCCCCACCGAGACAUGCUGUCGAGCCAAUCUCCCCACAAGCCCCGGCCAACUAUCGCCCAUCGUGGGACUUCAGCGCCAGUGAUCCCGGCAAAGCCUCAGCUACUUUUCAGCAUACACAAGUGAUGUGUGGCCUGGACGAACCCCGAGAGUCUAACGGUCGCCCGGAGCCUACUGCCGAAGCGAAACCUAUCGGUAGAGUAGGCCACUCAAGAUCCGGCUCGAACAUUGAUACAUUGGCUACCAUUGCGCUUGCCACAAGAGCUAGAUUUGCGCCACUUUCUUAUAAUUCCGUUUCUGGUGGUGAUACUUCUGCGCCCUCGUACGCGCCUGUCAAUAAUGAGUCGACGGAAAGACCGUCAAAGCGGGCCAGGUCGGAAAGGUCACCUUCACCUGCGUGGCAGAGGCCCGGUGCUAGGCCGGCAACUAGCCAUAAUGCGUCUUUUGAUAGCAUGAAGACUGAUGCGGAACUGCUUCUAAACUUCGCAAGGCCGGUUAACUUUCCCCCGCGGCCGCAAUUUCUCCCUGCGCAACAACUCUCAAGCGGGAUCCCUCAGGCUACGAAUAUGGAACCGAAGUGGAAUAGUAUGCCUCCUUCUAACAUCCCGGAAGAUGAGUCCGAUGUUUCCAACAGCAAAAUCUCAGCUGCAUAUUUUGCCGGUUCCGGAACCACGCCGUCACGAAUGCGCUCUAGGUCUGACGGUGCAGCCGCCCUGUCUCGACCAGUAAUGAACGGGUAUAACUCUGGGUCCCCGAAACACUCGAUAUUAAUGGGAUCGGUUCUAGAAGAUGAUACAAAUGGUUUAGACGGGCAUAGGAAGGAGGGCACAUUACCAGUUGAAGACAAGACAGUGUUACGCCCCCCAAAACGAACGUCUAAAUCCAGGCCUCGUCCACGUCCGUCCGAUCCUGGCGUCAAAAGCGAGGGUGGUGAAACUGAUUCGUCAAACCAAGCAAGUUGUGCUGCGUGCAACUUAGUCCGUGUACCCACAAGCAACGGUGAUGAUGCUGAGGUUACUUGGGUCAAUUGCGAUGGGUGUAAUAGAUGGUUCCAUAUUGUAUGCGCUGGGUUCAAAACGGACCGUGAGAUUCGAACUGUGGACAAAUUCAUAUGCAAGCCUUGCCGGCCAAUACAUGGACCAACAACUUACGUGCGCAAGUCAUCGCGACCAAAGACAUCCAUCGAUUAUGCCGGUUUGAACCAAGGCUUCGUAAAGCCAUCAGCGGAAGCUCCCGAUCACCAUUAUAUCCAACCCAUAAAAGAAGGAAAAAUGACGUUUUUACCUGACCGCUUUGCUCGUCUGCCUGCGGAGUUUGUGACUGCAGAGUAUUUUGAACAUGGCAUAGGAAUGACUGAACCCGUCGUUAUACCUGCUCACCUGAAUCGUCGUACUCCUGCUUCAGCGCUGGGAUCCGAGGGUUACUACCCCAAUUUCACAGCGGCUUCUAGCCAGGAAGAGUUUGAUGCCAUUAUCGACAACCUUCCCAAGGACGACGAUUGCGAAGAGGUGAUUGAUUGUUGCCAAGACCUGCUCGACAUGGUCAUCCCAGACAACCUCACCGUCCGAGCAGUGGGUGAACUAUAUGGCCUGGAUGAACGAGUCGAAGUUAUCGAUGUUAAGUCCCAGCAAGGCGAAGAUAAAAGGUGGAACAUGCAGAAAUGGGUCGAGUAUUACUAUGACACCAGUUCCACGAAAACAGUUCGAAACGUCAUCAGUCUUGAAGUGUCACAAAGCCCAAUUGGAAGAUUGAUCCGUCGACCUAAAAUAGUCCGCGACCUUGAUCUUCAGGACUCUGUUUGGCCCGCCGAGCUCAAGGCGAUUGGCGACUACCCCAAGGUUCAGUUUUAUUGCCUCAUGUCCGUGGCAGACUGUUAUACUGAUUUCCAUGUCGACUUUGGUGGCUCAUCCGUCUACUAUCACAUCUUAAAGGGAAAGAAAACGUUUUUCUUCAUUCCUCCCAAAGAAAAGCACUUGAAGAAAUAUGAAGAAUGGUGUAAUUCUGCUGCUCAAGACACAACCUUCCUCGGGGAUCAAACUAAGGAAUGUUAUCGGGUUGAUUUGUUUGAAGGUGAUACCAUGCUCAUUCCAUCUGGUUGGAUCCACGCAGUGUGGACGCCGGAGGACAGUCUCGUCAUUGGGGGUAAUUUUCUCACGAAGAUGAAUUACGGGAUGCAAAUCAAAGUCGCGCAGAUCGAGAAGGAUACAAAGGUCCCAAGGAAAUUUCGCUAUCCCUUCUUCCAAAAGCUUAUGUGGUACGCCGCCUUAAAAUAUCUUGACGAAGACCCGAUUCCUCAAAGUGUUCUGGAUGCCUUUGCUCGAGAUGAAAAUUACCGUUUUCAUCGUGAAUAUCCUCUUUACUACGAGUUCGGAGAAAACAAAAACAAGGCAGAACCAGGCUCCGAUUACUAUAACUCCCGCUUUUAUUCGCAAGCAGAGCUCGAUGGCCUCCCGGACCUUGCCAAAUAUUUACUACGAACUGCUUUAAUCGCUGGGGGGUAUAUGGUAGAUGGAGUAACAAAGGAAACGAGGAAUGCAGUGAGUCGAUCAAUUCCCAAAGGCCAAGGCGACCCUAUAGAAAUAAUUGUGAAAUUCGGAUUAUGGGUCGCGUGGAAGAGAGGCAAUGAGCCUGCUGCUCAAUGGACACGCCCAGGAGCGAUAUCCCUUGAUACAAAGGUCGAUAUCUCGGACAAGAAGCGACCAGUACGCCCAACAAGACGGUCUGAACGAAAUGUCAAUACUGGGGAUCGACGGGCUAGUGUGGUAUCAGAUGCCUCGAAGCCAGCUGAAGGCCAGAAUAGGGAAAAUAGACUCUCAACCGCACCCUCUCUAUCUAUCUCGGACAAAGUUAGCCCGGUUCCAUCAAAGAGGAAGGCGUCGGUUCCGGACAUCAAGUUCGAAGAAGACCACGGCCCUAAAAUAAUUUCCAAAACUACAAGUCUUGGUCCCAAAAGAGUAGCCUGCGAUGCAUGUAGGAAACGUCGUAUUCGCUGUCGCCACAAAGCCGAACAAAAUGAUGACGCGAUGUCAGGCCUAGCGACCCUAAGCCCAGAUGCGAACGAUACCCAGACUCAUAUCCGGAGAAACUCUGAUGUUCUGUCAAUCGAUGCUGUUAAUAUGCCGGCUGACGAUGAUAUGGUUGUCAACCGCGCAGGAUCACCUCCCGAUGGCGCAGGUGCUCUUUUCACGCAACAGGAUCGCCGUUGUAUCCAUGAUGAAUCAGGCAGAAUAGAUCCGAUCAAAGCUCAAGAACGAGCAAAACCGCGGACCGGUCCCACAAAACGUCCACGUUCUAGUGAUGGUUAUCUCUCCGCAUCCAAGAAAUCGAAGCCAAACGAAAAGCUUGACGAAAGGCUAGAAAACCCGCCGUUCAGAACAGGAGAGGAAGAAUAUAGUAUUGUGCUAACAGCAGGGGCUCACUCUGGGCCUCAGAAAAAGCUGAUAGAUAACUCAGCUGGUUAUUCAAACUUGGAGAAUGGGUCAUCUCGCACUGUGUUAGAGCCAACAAAUGGGAAGGCUGAAAGCGAUACGUAUGCAUCUCCCCCAGCUGUAAAUGCCGAGCGGGAUGCGCAUUCUCAACCUAGAGCUAUUCUAGGUCAAGUUCCGCCGGCUGACAGCCUUGUAUCGCCGCCAACGUCCCUGCAUGAUGAUCUCGAUGGCGUUACGCAUCAACCUUCCCAAGCAGUACAUCCGUCAAUGCUAAAUGAGCGCAAUAGUGGGUAUGCAGUUGACGUUAACACACCGACUUCACCCAAAACUCCUCACCUGACGGCCCUAAACAUGACCUCCGCGACUCAAGAUGCUGAACAAACAAAACAUGGUGUUCCAGUUCAAGUUCAGGAAAAAUUAAUUUCUACCUCAACGGAUACAACCUCCCAACAUCCGAAGCCACCUUCUCGACCCUCCUCGUCUCAUAGCUCGAAGCACGCCAUGACAAAGGAAGUGAAGCACUUCCACACUUCUACCGGAACGAGAGGAUCCCCCAGCCAAAUCCGUCACCAUAAUACUCCUACGUCACCCCAGCGUCAAUCGAAAUCAGGAAAACGUGAUCGAGUCAGCUUUGCUGAAGUUGAUGCGGACGAAGAGAGCUUGAAACUGAUCAAAGAGCUACAAGAACAAGACUUCGGACUUCGAAAACGGUCAACGAGAGGCUAG